AUGAUCUUUCUCACAUGUGGAACGUCUUCAGCUCCGUUGUGUCCGAGGAUCGAAAGUCCGAAGGAUUUUAUCCUAACAAGAUACGCAGGGGUCUGGUACGAAGUCUACAGACAUGACAUCAAUGAAAUUAGUACAAAACGUGAAAAUCAUACGUUGACAAUCAAUUCUAAUGUCGAACCAAAACAUUAUCGUCUGAAAUCGUUGAAGAAAGUUCUUCGACAUAUGCGUGUUCAUACCGAAGAUAUCAAGACGACUGCUCAAGAUUGUAUUCGUCAUAAAUUACCAACGAGAUGGAAAUCUGAUUUGGUUUAA